CAGCAGCGUGGCAGGCAAGGUCAGGGCAAAGCCGGUGGCAGGAAGGAAUCCCGAAGGCCUGGCUCCCCCUACCCCACCCCCAGCAGCUCUAAUCUCAGGGCAGUGCACUUUCUCUGGAGCAGGGGACCUCGACCCUGCCCUAAACCUAAACUCUGGGGAUAGAGGCUGUGGUCCCACCUUCCCUCUUUUUCUUCUGGCUUCGGAGACAGGGUGACGAGGCCCUGGGGGAGCGCUCCAUGGGAAUUCGCAGACCCUUCUGGUACCUUGCACUGUGCUCCCUGGUUCUCGGAGAUCAGCCCUCCGAAGCACACACGCACACAUGCAUUGCUUCCCAGGCGUGGGAACCCCUUUGACUCAGCUGGAAUCUGGGAGUAAACAGCUAUGGCCCCACAAAGCUACACACAAAAGUGUCCUUCCCAUGGAGCUUGAGAUGACAGAGCAUGGACAAAUCAGCCACAGCCAAAGGGCUGCCCAGAGCGACAGGGACGGGAAUGAGCUCUCCUCUAUUCUGACCUAGAUCCCAAAUACCCCUCUGGUACUGGGUCCCAUGUUCUUCCCUAUAUUCUUUCCAGGCGUCACUCCAGCCCACCCCACCCCCUUCUCCGCACAUGCAGGCGUUCCGUCCCCCUUUUGAUACCUCCCACCAUCCUUUUCCCCCCAUCCCCGUUUCUUGCAGGAGGGGAUGUUUAGAGAUCCUUGUGGUCCGUAUUCCCCUUCCUUCAAGGGGCUGCAGAGGGAAGGCAGUGGUGUAAGGAGACACAAUCAGUGGGAGAGGAAGCCAGGAGAGUCUGACUCCCGCACGGGAAGGGGCCGGGCUGUCCCGUACGGGAAGUGGGAGGGGGCCGGAGCGCCGGGAGGGAAGAGCCGGGAGGGAAGCUCCUGUCGCCCCGGGCUCGGAUCCCCUAGCUUCGCGGCGUGGCUGCCUCUGCGACAAGCCUGAGUCGGCAACGAGCCCGCCAGGCUCCUUUUGGGGCCUAGCCCACUUCAACUGCUGCGGCGUCGCGGGCACCCAGGGGUUCGCACUCCUUCCACCCUCCCUGGCGACACAGCGCCGGGACUGGGGGCAGGGAGACCAUGGCCCGCCUCUUCAGUCCCCCACCACCCCCCAGCGAAGAUCUCUUCUACGAGACCUACUACAGCCUGAGCCAGCAGUACCCGCUGCUGCUACUGCUGCUUGUAAUCGUGCUUUGCGCGCUGGUGGCUCUGCUCGCCGUCGCCUGGGCCAGCGGCAGGGAGCUGGCCUCAGACCCGGGCUUCCUGACCACCGUGCUGUGCGCGCUGGGCGGCUUCUCGUUGCUGCUGGGCCUGGCUUCCCGGGAGCAGCGACUGGAGCGCUGGACGCGUCCCCUGUCAGGCCUAGUGUGGGCCGCGCUGCUCGCGCUUGGCCACGGCUUCCUGUUCACCGGGGGCGUGGUGAGCGCCUGGGAUCAGGUGUCCUUUUUCCUCUUCGUCAUCUUCACUGUGUACGCCAUGUUGCCCUUGGGCAUGCGGGAUGCCGCCGCCGCGGGCCUCGCCUCGUCGCUCUCGCACCUGCUGGUCCUCGGACUGUAUCUUGGGCCGCAGCCAGACUCGCGGCCCGCGCUGCUACCGCAGCUGGUGGCAAACGCGGUGCUGUUCCUGUGCGGCAACGUGGCAGGAGCGUACCACAAGGCCCUGAUGGAGCGCGCCCUGCGCGCCACGUUCCGGGAGGCGCUCAGCUCCCUGCACUCGCGCCGGCGGCUGGACACGGAGAAGAAGCACCAGGAACACCUUCUCUUGUCCAUCCUUCCUGCCUACCUGGCCCGAGAGAUGAAGGCAGAGAUCAUGGCCAGGCUGCAGGCUGGACAGGGAUCACGCCCGGAGAGCACCAACAACUUCCACAGUCUCUAUGUCAAGAGGCACCAGGGAGUCAGCGUGCUGUAUGCUGACAUCGUGGGCUUCACGCGGCUGGCCAGUGAGUGCUCCCCCAAGGAGUUGGUGCUCAUGCUCAAUGAGCUCUUUGGCAAGUUCGACCAGAUCGCCAAGGAGCAUGAAUGCAUGCGGAUCAAGAUCCUGGGAGACUGCUACUAUUGUGUCUCUGGGCUGCCGCUCUCACUGCCAGACCACGCCAUCAACUGUGUACGCAUGGGGCUGGACAUGUGCCGGGCCAUCAGGAAACUCCGAGCAGCCACCGGUGUGGACAUCAACAUGCGUGUGGGCGUGCACUCGGGCAGCGUGCUCUGCGGAGUCAUCGGGCUGCAGAAGUGGCAGUAUGAUGUCUGGUCCCAUGAUGUCACUCUGGCCAACCACAUGGAGGCGGGUGGCGUGCCAGGACGAGUGCACAUCACAGGGGCUACCCUGGCCCUGCUGGAAGGGGCUUAUGCUGUGGAGGAUGUGGCCGUGGAACACCGGGACCCAUACCUUCGGGAGCUGGGGGAGCCUACCUACCUGGUCAUCGAUCCUCGGGCCGAGGAGGAAGAGGAGAAGGGUACUGCAGGAGGGUUGCUGUCCUCCCUUGAGGGCCCCAAGAUGCGUCCAUCACUGCUGAUGACCCGCUACCUGGAGUCCUGGGGAGCAGCCAAGCCUUUUGCACACCUGAGCCACAUGGACAGCCCUGUGUCCACCUCCACCCCUCUCCCGGAGAAGGCCCUGGCUUCCUUCAGCCCCCAGUGGAGCCUGGACCGGAGCCGUACCCCCUGGGGACUAGAGGAUGAGCUGGACACCGGGGAUGCCAAGUUCUUCCAGGUCAUCGAACAGCUCAACUCUCAGAAACAGUGGAAGCAGUCGAACGACUUCAGCCCACUGACCCUGUACUUCAGAAAGAAGGAGAUGGAGAAAGAGUAUCGACUCUCUGCACUCCCCUCCUUCAAAUACUAUACAGCCUGCACCUUCCUGGUUUUUUCCUCCAACUUCCUCAUCCAGAUGCUGGUGACCAACAGGCCCCCAGCUCUGGCCAUCACCUAUAGCGUCACCUUCCUCCUCUUCUUCCUCCUCCUCUUCAUCUGUUUCUCGGAGCACUUGACGAGGUGCGUCCUGAAAGGCCCCAAGGUGCUGCACUGGCUGCCUGCACUGUCUGGCCUGGUGACCACCCGGCCGGGCCUGCGAGUCGCCCUGGGCACAGCCACCAUCUUCCUUGUCUUCGUCAUGGCCAUUACCACCCUGUUCUUCUCACCGGCAUCUUCGCAUUGCCCUUUCUGGGCUCCCAAUGUGUCCUCCGUGGCUUUCAACCUCUCCUGGGAGUUCCCUGGGUCCCUGCCUCUCAUCAGUGUCCCAUACUCCAUGCACUGCUGCACACUGGGUUUCCUCUCCUGCUCCCUCUUUCUGCACAUGUGCUUCGAGUUGAAGCUGCUGCUGCUCCUGCUCUGGCUGGUGGCCUCCUGCUCCCUCUUCCUGCACUCCCAUGCCUGGCUGUCCGACUGCCUCAUCGCCCGCCUCUAUCUGGGCCCCUUGGACUCCAGGCCAGGGGUGCUGAAGGAACCCAAAAUGAUGGGAGCUAUCUCCUUCUUCAUCUUCUUCUUCACCCUCCUCGUUCUGGCUCGGCAGAAUGAGUAUUACUGCCGCCUGGAUUUCCUGUGGAAGAAGAAACUGAGGCAGGAGCGGGAGGAGACGGAGACGAUGGAGAAUCUGACUCGGCUACUCCUAGAGAACGUGCUUCCAGCCCACGUGGCCCCCCAGUUCAUUGGCCAGAAUCGGCGGAACGAGGACCUCUACCACCAGUCCUACGAGUGUGUUUGUGUCCUCUUCGCCUCAGUCCCGGACUUUAAGGAGUUUUACUCCGAAUCCAACAUCAACCAUGAUGGGCUGGAGUGUCUGCGGCUGCUCAAUGAGAUAAUUGCUGAUUUUGACGAGCUGCUCUCCAAGCCCAAGUUCAGUGGGGUGGAGAAGAUCAAAACCAUCGGCAGCACCUACAUGGCAGCCACAGGCUUAAACGCCACCUCCGGACAGGACACACAGCAGGACGCGGAGCGAAGCUGCAGCCACCUAGGCACCAUGGUGGAGUUUGCAGUGGCGCUGGGGUCAAAACUGGACGUCAUCAACAAGCACUCAUUCAACAACUUCCGCCUGCGUGUGGGUGACACAGGAAACAGCCCGUGCCUUGCAGUCCCUGGGCUACACCUGCUACAGCCGGGGCAUCAUCAAGGUCAAAGGCAAAGGACAGCUCUGCACCUACUUCCUGAACACAGACUUGACACGAACUGGACCUCCCUCAGCCAGCCUAGGCUGAGACCCCCACCAGACUCCUCCUCUCUACUUCUGAGAUCUUCAAUAAAGAAACUCUGGCGUGUCUGGAGCCAACUGAUGCCAGAAGCUUCUGGUUCAGCUGACAAUCACCUUCUCGUGUCCCUCAGCAGGAUGGCUUUUUUCCCGUGCUUGUGUGUAUGCGUGGACAAAUGUGAGCUUGAAUGAGCCUGAGUGUAUUGGAAGGGAGUGGUUCUUUUUAGCAAGCUCACGAAGAGGACUGCCUCAGCCUGCCUGCCAACCUGAUUCCAGUAUUUUGUGCACCAUGGACGCAUAAGGAAUUUUAGUCACCAUGAAGUCACAGUAAUUAGCCCUUUCCUAUUUCUGCUCACAAAUAUUGGAAGGAAUCUCCAUGGACACCAUUUGACCCUCAUCCAUUCAACAAACACUAAAUAAGCACCUAUUGUGUGCUUAACGUGCAGCAUGGGCUAGAGGCCUAGGACAUCUAUUAAAGUCCCUCCCAGUUUCAGUUGUUCUCAAACUGACCCACCAUGCUUUGCAGUGAGUACCUGUAGACAAUUUAGGGGUUCUCCUCUUCUCAGGUCAAUCUGAUGGCCCCCCCCAGCCCUGCUCCCUUCUGCAAGCUUCCCCACAGAUGCUGACAGACGUUGGUCUUGGAGCAUUGAUGGUUUAUUCUCACCUGCUCAUAUUUUGGAGUCUGUAGGGGAUGUUUUAACACCUAGAUAUCUAACAGAGCUGGGCCAAGGCCCCUGAAGACAACAGUCAUCCCUAGGAAAUAAUGACUCAUCCCUCUGGCUUUUCGGAAUCUCUUGCCUACAGGUGAUCAUGGCCACAGAGGGCCCUUGGCCCGCCCUGUGCCACGGCAUGUGUUGGGGGCUGGCGAAAGGCUGAUGAUCUGCAGAAUUUGAGGGGAUAA